AGAACUGACCGUCAAUGGAUCGACCUGUCUUUCUGCCUGGCUCAACUUUCCUACAACGAACGUUCUUUGCGGAAACUACAAGAAAACUUUGCAUGUUUCCAAGGCACGCUCUCGAAUGACGAUGUCUUCGGGUUCUUUAGUACAAUCAUGGGAAAAUGCAAGAAAAUGGCUAAACCUGAAAUAAAGGUAUGGUCUUGGCUAAAGAUUAUAAUGUGGGUUUCACGAAGGAACCCUUUGGCGUUAUCUUCCAUGGGUCGGUUGUACGAAGGCCGGAUAUCUCCACCGGAUAGAAAUUUUUCAAGCUUUAGAGAAUUGUCUAUUGAUUUCUAUUACACAGAUUCGUAAUUUUAUCUAUGGAUUCACUGCGUAAUGCCUUAGUGAAACCCAAUAAUUGUUUGUUUUCAACCUAUGCAUGGGCACGCUAAAACCACUAUCUGUUAUACUGUAACAGAUCAUAUACUCAGAAACAUAACGGUCAUGAUUUGGAACAGUUACUAUUUUUAGACUUUUAGGGUUGGGAUUAGGGUUUGGAUGAAGGAAAGGGUUAGGAUUAAGAUUAGAGUUGGGUUAAAAUACAAAAGAAUACAAAAUUACAAAAGUUUAAAAAUAGUAACUGUUCCUAAAACGUGACAGGCAUACUCAGAAAUGUUACAAUUGUAUUUCUAACGUAGGUGGUUGUAGAAGAACUGGAGUUACGUAUCACGACGUGUCACGAGAAAGGUGUCGAAGAGGAAGCGGGUUACGAGCGUGCGAAUCAAGCUUCGGCAGCUGCUCGGGUCCUAGUCGGAAAAGUGGCGAAUACUCCAGCAAAUAGUAAGUCGACAUGUUUAUGUACUGUAUGUGUGUAACUUAGCAAUUGUACUUAGUGAUUGCGAUGUAUACAGCUUUGGUUAGGUUAUAAUAGAUCCUUAUCACGCUUUAUUGAGUCGAGAGCAGGUUAACGUUAGAAAGUACGGAUUUUUGAACUCUUUCCAACGUAUCCAUUUUAACAAUUUUACAGAGAAGACACGAAGUACCAGGGGUCGGACUCCGGCGUCGCGUCGUCGUCGGAAAAACGAUUCGGAAUCCGAAGUUGUCCCGAAACCCCAGACUGGCAAGAAGUCGACCCGUAAGAGCAGAAAGAAAGUUAUCGAAUUCGAUAGCGAUGACGAGGAGAUGAUGCAAGGAACCUGGGACGAGGCGUUUGAGGCGGAAAAGGAAAAUGUGGAAGUUUGAAAGGAAAUGUGCAACUUGGCUGGUGGAAGUGCGCAGAUGAAGAUUCUUUUAUUGUCUUUAUUCUUUCAUAUUUUUUGUCUUAUUAUUUUUUGUUAUUUAUACUUUCUGUAUAAAUGGUACUUGUCGUAUAUAAAGACGGUCGCCAAGCAUAUAAAGCUUUUUUAUGUGAAUACCGUAUUCCCUGUAUAACUGUAUUUAGCCACCUACUCAUUUUCAAAUGUAUUGGGACACAUGCCCCAACUACCUAUGUUAUUUUGACAAAACGUCGUUCCCACCGCUUUCAUUUCAAUGUUGGGUCUCAGUUACCAUCUAUACAUUGGUUUGUACUGAUAUGUAUAUAUUGAUAAAAUAUAUUAAAUAGAACAUAUUCGGGCUCUGUGCCAUCACCUGUUGUCUCGUAUUCUAAAGGCAUGAUCAAUACUGUAUUAUAAGUGACUAUAUUGAUAAUACAAAGAAACUCGUAUAUUGGUAUUCAUUCCAACUUGCAAAGUUAAAUCUCUAAGGAGCUUUAUGGUUGUCUAAUAGAUAUAAUAUUUAACCUUCAAUUAAAUAGUUUGGAAAACACAAUACAAGGG